GGGAGGGUCUGUCGGCGUUGCUGUUCUCUAGUGUCGGAACAUCGCAUUUCAGAUGUGAACAGGAAGAUGGAGCUAUGAACUGCAGCAACAGCAGCAGCGGUUGCCCCGAAGGCGGGGAACUUUACGAGCCUCUCUACGAGCCCCCGACCUACCUCACCGUCUUCCUCUCCAUAUGCUACAUAUCCAUAUCCGUAGCUGCUGUCGUCGGCAACGGCCUCGUCAUAUGGGUCAUACUCACCUCCAGGCGAAUGCGCAAUGUCACCAACUACUACAUUGCCAAUCUAGCCCUGGCAGAUAUAGCAGUGGGCCUCUUCGCUAUCCCCUUUGAGACACUAAGAAAAAUCAAUUCUGAUGAGUCUCUUGAAAUGAGAAGAGAGAGACGCUUCAGUUCCAAAUGUAAGGAUGGAUGGCUUUUAAGCAGGUGCUGGAGCCUUGUUAGACCCUUGAAACUGCUCUUCACAAGGAAGAGGAGCCAUAGAGGAGCCAGCUAA